GGCGAAUGUACGUACUUGAAUCUAUUGCGUCAUUAACCUAUGACAGUCAUUAUCUAACGGAAAUGUUGAGGAUGUUAGCUGUUAGGAGCUAGAAAAAGGGUGCUUCUUGAACUCAAACAUCAAAUUUGAAGAUAUUGAUUUGUAUAUGAUUAUUAGACACAGCUAUAUAGUGGGGUGUCAGUAAAUUAGUCAAAGAUACAUCCAAUUGGUUCUUUAUUCUGAAAUGAGGUUUGAUCAAUCUUGGAUUAUAAUGGAAAAUACAAGAGCAUCAGCUCAAGGACCAACAUCACCAGCUGAGGAGCUGCUAAGGAAGAUCCAAGAACUGGAGGAAGGACAUGCUGAAUUGAAGCAGGAGAUGUUUAAGCUCAUGAUUUCCGAUGAUCACAGAUCACAGAGACAAAGGUCUCAUUCUAUCUCCCAAAAAAAACUGCCUCGUAUUGGCGGAGGCCCUGCUGCAGUGAAGUUUACUGAUAGACACUAUUUGAAUAUAUUGCAGUCAAUGGGACAAGCAGUGCAUGUAUUUGAUGUGAACUAUCGUAUAAUUUACUGGAAUCGAACUGCUGAACAACUAUAUGGUCAUUCUGCUGAAGAAGCUCUUGGACAAGAUCCCAUAGCACUCUUAGCAGCAGAUGCUCGGGAUUUUGGUGAUGCUAAUAACAUUGUCCACCAAGUGAAAAGGGGUGAGAGUUGGACUGAACUGUUUCCAGUUAAGAAUAAGCAAGGGGAUAAAUUCGUAGUUGUCGUUUCCACUACCCCUUUAUAUGAUGAUGACGAUAAUUUCGUUGGUGUUAUUUCUGUAACAAGUGAUGUGAGACAUUUCCAAGAAACAGGGCUUGCAUCGAUGGGAGUGAAGCAGUUGGAAACUGAUACAAGAUUUAGAGCCAGAACCCUUGCUUCUUCAAAACUUGGAGUUGAUCCCCAGCAGCCCCUGCAAGUUGCCAUUGCCUCCAAAAUAUCUAAUUUGGCCUCAAAGGUGAGCAACAAGGUUAAGUCAAAAAUCAAGACAGGAGAGAGCAGUGUGCUUCGCGAAGAUCACAGGGAGGAUGCAAAUUCAAUUAGAGCGAGUAUGCCUAGGGGAGAUGUUCACCCUUCUCCCUUUCCAAAAGAAGAGCAUUCCACGGGGAAACUCUCAAUAGAUUCUGGGGAUGAGAGUGAGGGAAAACAAGGGAUUUAUAAGAUUAUCACCUCGAAGGCAGAGGAAUGGAUGGCGAUGAAUAUCUUACCAUGGCCAUGGAAAGGCAACGAGCGAGAUGCUUCGGAGACAAGGACUACACGAUUUUUACGGCCGUGGCUAAACAAUGACCAAGACAAUGAGUUUAAUCGAAGUAACAGUUAUAAUGAAUUAAAACCAGACAAUCAGCUUAUUGAUACUAACUGGUCAACCACCAAUGAAGCUUCGGGAUCCUGGUCUUCUUCAUUUAAUGUCAACAGCACAAGCAGUGCUAGUAGCUGUGGAAGUACCAGCAGUAGUACUAUUAAUAAGGUGGACACGGUGGACACGGAUACUGACUCCCUGGAUUACGAAAUCUUGUGGGAGGACUUAACAAUUGGAGAAAAUAUUGGAGAAGGUUCUUGUGGAACUGUUUAUCAUGGGAUGUGGUAUGGAUCAGAUGUCGCUGUUAAAUUAUUCUCCAAGCAAGAAUAUUCUGAUGAAGUGAUAUAUUCCUUCAAACAGGAGGUGUCCCUAAUGAAACGACUUCGACAUCCAAAUAUUCUUCUUUUCAUGGGUGUAAUAACUUCACCUCAACGCCUCUGCAUUGUCACAGAGUUCUUGCCACGGGGAAGUUUGUUCAUGCUAUUACGGAGGAAUUCAUCCAAAUUAGAAUGGAGACGACGAAUCCGCAUGGCUUUAGACAUAGCUCGUGGCAUGAAUUAUCUUCAUCAUUUUAACCCACCUAUAGUUCAUCGUGACUUGAAGUCAUCAAAUCUUCUUGUGGACAAGAACUGGACUGUUAAGGUUGGGGACUUUGGUCUGUCACGUCUUAAGCAUGAAACAUAUCUAGUAACAAAGACGGGUAAAGGAACGCCUCAAUGGAUGGCUCCCGAAGUUCUUCGCAGUGAACCCUCAAAUGAGAAGUCUGAUAUAUACAGUUUCGGAGUGAUAUUAUGGGAACUCGCCACUGAAAAGAUCCCUUGGGAGAACCUCAACUCAAUGCAGGUGAUUGCAGCUGUAGGAUUCAUGAAUCAGCGGCUAGAUAUCCCAAAGGAUGUUCAUCCACAGUGGGCUUCUAUUAUUGAGAGCUGUUGGCAUAGUGAGCCAAAUUGUCGCCCGUCUUUCCAAGAAUUGGUGGAGCAACUUAACGAUCUGCAGAGGCAGUAUGUUAUUCGAGCCCAGACAGCAAGUAGCACUGCAGGAGAUAACAGCCAUAAGGAACAGUAAAUACAGAUAGCGGGCUUGUGCUUGAGUUUCAUUGGCAGAUUGCUAGCAGAUCCUUUGUGCUAACUCUUCAAGGUUUUAUGGCUGUCACAUGA